AUGUCUGGGGAAUGCUUCGACGCUAUCUUGCCGGAUCUUCAACGACCAAUCUUGUACCAAAGGUGUCAAAGUGUGACAGAUGUCCCCAGUGUUCGCCUAUUCCCCACAGUCGAACCUCGAUUUCUCCGUAACGACUACGUACCUUCCGUAGUUGAGAUGUCGGAGUUGAAAGAUGUGUUGGAGAAAGGAAAUAGGGAGCUCAAUGGUUAUGGAGAGGAUAUAGCAGCGUUGCGACAAACGCUUGAGCGGUUUACAAAUGCAAAGAGUACCGUGAAGAAGACGACCAGGCAGUGUCGGGCUGCUAUUUUUGCACAACGGAGGGUACCUGUGGAGAUCUGGGAGAUGAUUUUCUCCAUGUCAUGCUUGUCGCUUUGCGAAUAUUCAUUUGACGUUGACUACCGCUCGGGUUCUCCGCUCCUUGGACACCCUGCCACCCUUAUAUCUCAAGUCUGCUCCCGUUGGAGGACGAUUGUUAAGGCAUCGUCCAAGCUUUGGUCUUCCAUCAACGUCAAUCUCUCAGAAACACGUUAUAACGCCGUUUUACCUCUCGAGGUCUACUUUUCGAAUUCGGGGGAUUAUCCUUUGAAAUUACGGAUUCAAGUUCAAGGCAGUGUAGGUCUGGAUUAA